AUGAGACUUCUCUACGCCUCCCAUGAAGUGUGCACCAAUGCCCUCAUACCAGGAGCUAAAGGUGACAAAGGUAUAAUCGGAGAGGUCGGAGAGGAAGGAAUCAUGGGUAAAGCUGGGCCACCGGGAAAUUCAGGUUUUGCUGGAGAUGCAGGGAUUAAAGGAGACAUGGGACAUUUGGGAAAGAUGGGGCCAAUGGGACACAAAGGUGACAAAGGUGACCCGGGCUUGGAUGGUCCUCUUGGCCUGAAAGGAACACCAGGCUCUACCUGUGAUUGUGGCAGAUAUAGGAGGCUGGUUGGACACAUUGAUAACAAUUUAGGAAGGCUGAGGAACUCCAUGAUUUUUGUAAAGAAUGUGCUGUUGGGGCUAAGAGAGACAGAAGAGAUGUACUAUCUGCUCGUGAAGGAGGCCAAAAUGUUCCAUCAGGCAUCUAUUAACUGCAGGCUGAGAGGAGGGGUCCUGGCCAUGCCCAAAACCCCCAACACCAACCGGAUUCUGGCAGACUACUGCAGCCAAGCCGGCCUCACCCGGGUUUAUGUUGGUGUGAAAGCCAGCGCUGGGACAAAUGGGACCAGAAGUUACAAGUACUCCGACUCCAGUCCUCUGCAGGAGUUUUCUGGCUGGAGUGACACUUCUCCCAGUUCAAACUCGAGCUGUGUGGAGCUGCUCAGCUCUGGGACAUGGGCUCACACCGAUUGUGACAACUUCAUGUAUUUUAUCUGCGAGUUUUCCAAAAGCAGAAGAAGAACAGGAACAACACCCACAGUCGUAUCCUGA